GUUUUCCAUUCCUCUCCCCCUCACAUUUUCCUCUCCCGGCCGACACGGAACUGAAGGGGGGUACCAGCCUUGGAGACAGAGACCGGUUUCCUCAGAAUGGCUGCAGACUCCAUGGAAAUCGACGAUGGACUGUAUAGUCGGCAAAGAUAUGUUCUGGGCGAUACAGCCAUGCAAAAGAUGGCGCAAUCUCACGUUUUCCUGAGUGGAAUGGGUGGCCUUGGCGUGGAAAUAGCCAAGAACAUUGUGCUAGCUGGAAUAAAGGCUCUGACAAUCCAUGAUACCAGGAAGUGUGAAAUUUGGGAUCUAGGAACUAAUUUCUUUAUUCGGGAAGAAGAUGUGAAAAAUCAUAGAAAUCGAGCGGAAGCAUGUCUUCAACACAUUGCGGAACUAAACCCGUAUGUCCAGGUCACAUUAUCGACAGAGCCACUGGAUGAAACCUCCAGCCUCUUGUUCCUAAAACAGUUCCAGUGUGUAAUAUUGACUGAGACAAGACUCUCGAUGCGCAAGAUGAUCAACAACUUUUGCCACUCUCAGCAACCACCUAUAAAGUUCAUCAGCUCAGACUGUUACGGUAUAUGCGCGUGUCUGUUUUGUGACUUUGGGGAUGAUUUUGAAGUGCUGGACACAACCGGUGAAGAAACAAAAGAGAUAUUUAUUUCUAACAUAACACAGUCUUCUAACGGAGAGGUGACCUGCUUUGAAAACCGGCCACACAAACUUGAAUCAGGGCAGUUUGUGACUUUCCGGGAAGUUCAUGGAAUGACGGCAUUGAAUGGAUCGGUGCACAAAAUCUCAGUUCUGUCCCCCUACUCAUUCAGCAUUGGAGAUACAUCCGACAUGGAACCCUAUCAGCACGGAGGAAUAGCUGUACAGAUUAAAAUGCCCAAAUCAUUUUUGUUUGAGAGACUAGAAAAGCAAUUGUUGGAGCCAAAGUAUCUUACUCCAGAUUUCAGCAAGCCUGAGGCACCGUUGAAUAUUCACACUGCAAUGCUGGCCUUAGAUCACUUUCAAGAGAAACACAGCCGACUACCAAAUAUAGGGUGCCUUCAAGAUGCUGAAGAGAUGCGGAUAUUAUCAGAAUCUGUCAUUGAAACUCUUCAUAGCAAACCACAGCUGGAUGAAGUACUGGUGAGGUGGCUGUCCUGGACGGCAAGAGGGUUUUUGGCUCCCCUUGCAGCAGCCGUUGGUGGAAUUGUUAGCCAAGAAGUUCUAAAGGCAGUUACUGGGAAGUUUUCCCCUUUGCAGCAAUGGCUCUUUGUGGAUGUUAUGGAUGUUGUGGUUCCAUUGGAAACGAUCAGUCGCGAAGAGUUCCAACCAAGAGGAGAUCGAUAUGAUGCCCUCAGGGCUUGUAUUGGAGAUUCAUUUUGUCAGAAGAUUCACAGUCUGAAUGUUUUCCUGGUUGGAUGUGGUGCCAUAGGUUGCGAAAUGUUAAAAAACUUUGCACUACUUGGGGUCGGCUGUGGCACUCAAAAUGGCCUGAUAACAGUCACAGAUCCCGACUUGAUCGAAAAAUCUAACUUGAACAGACAGUUCCUCUUCCGACCUCAUCAUAUUCAGAAACCGAAAAGCUGUACUGCUGCUGCUGCAACCCUUAGCAUAAACCCUCAGUUGAAAAUUGACCCCCGGUUGGAUAAAGUGUGUCCUGCCACAGAGAACAUUUACAAUGAUGAAUUCUACACCAGACAGGACAUUAUAGUGACUGCACUGGACAAUGUGGAGGCAAGAAGAUACAUAGACAGUCGUUCCGUGUCAAACAUCCGUCCUCUUUUGGAUUCUGGAACCAUGGGGACAAAGGGCCACACAGAAGUGAUUGUGCCUCGGUUAACUGAAUCAUACAACAGCUACCGUGACCCUCCAGAUGAGGAAAUUCCAUUUUGCACAUUGAAGUCAUUUCCAGCAACUAUUGAGCAUACUAUACAAUGGGCAAGAGAUAAGUUUGAGAGUUCGUUUACCCAUAAACCUUCCAUCUACAACAAAUUUUGGCAAACACACGUAUCGCCUGAAGACGUUCUAGAGAGGAUAAAAUCAGACGAGAGUCUAGAAGGCUGUUUUCACGUUGUAAAACUCCUGAGCCGAAAACCUAGGAACUGGACCCAUUGUGUAGAACUUGCAAGACUAAAGUUUGAAAAGUAUUUCAAUCACAAGGCGAAGCAACUAUUACAUUCCUUCCCGCUGGAUACACGAUUAAAAGAUGGAAGUUUGUUCUGGCAGUCUCCCAAGCGGCCACCUAUUCCAGUAGUGUUUGACGUAAAGGACCCUGUGCAUUUCGCCUUUAUAAAAAGUGCGGCCAAGUUGUUUGCAGAAGUUCAUAAUAUUCAUUUCACAGAAAAGGACUUGUCUCAGGAUGACAUCAUGGAGAUAACAUCUAGAAUGAUCCUGAAGGAUUUUGCACCAUCCAGCAAAAUUGUUGAAACGGAUGAGACUGUGGAAAAACCUGAUCAAAUCACAGUGAGCAGCGAGGAUGAGCGAAUAGCACUUAUUCAACUGGGAAAUGUCAUAUCAGCCGGCCAGGCCACUAAAUGUGACCUUCAAGUGAAGCCACUCUCAUUUGAAAAGGACGAUGACAGCAAUGAGCACAUCAAUUUCAUUACAGCAGCAUCCAACCUGAGAGCCAAAAUGUACAACAUUGAGCCUGCUGACAGACUAAAGACCAAGCGCAUUGCUGGGAAAAUCAUUCCUGCUAUAGCGACAGCCACUGCUGCAGUGUCUGGACUGGUUGCACUGGAGUUGUUAAAGGUCAUAGGAGGCUAUCCUUUUGAAGCCUACAAGAACUGCUUUUUCAAUCUAGCCAUUCCAAUCAUUGUAUUCACCGAGGCUGCUGAAGUCAGAAGAACACAAAUAAGAAAUGACAUUUCAUUUACCAUCUGGGACAGGUGGACAAUAUAUGGCAAGGAGGACUUUACACUUCUAGAUUUUAUUAAUGCUGUCAAAGAACAGUAUGGAAUAGAGCCAACAAUGGUGGUACAAGGAGUGAAAAUGCUUUAUGUUCCUGUAAUGCCUGGGCAUGCAAAAAGAUUAAAACUUACAAUGCACAAACUUGUGAAACCUGGAGCAGGCAAAACAUACGUAGACCUGACUGUGUCUUUCGCACCAGAAGCAGAUGAAGCUGAAGACUUACCAGGGCCUCCUGUGAGAUACUACUUCAGACAGCAGAACAAUUAACAGCCUCACCAGUGUUAACCCAGUGUGUCUGUGUCGAUAUUAGAUGUCACAGCUCGGUGAAGCCUUAAUUAAGAGGAAAACAUGAAAGUAGUGAAUUGCACUAAUGUUUUGCAUAACAGAAAACCGGGUUUAUAGUGUCCCUAGUGCUGACCUUAUUUGUUUACCAGGAUACCUAGUUAUGGAGCUAUUUGGGAUGCAAUAUAGUUUAUGCUACAACUCAAAAUAGUCAAGAAAAGAGAAUGCAGGGCGAGGACCAAGAAGAUUUUUGAUGUUCAGUUUGUUGCGUCUGCAAGAAUAUUGUCUAUAUACAAUAAUCUGUGCCUUGCGGUAGAAGUAUGUUGAAAUUAUGUCCCAAGAAGCUCUGUGUGCAUAGUAUAAAUAUUUAUGUUUUUGUAGCUACAUAUGUUUUCCAGUGUUUAUAGUAUAUCUACCUUUGGUGCAGAUCAUGGCUAAGCAGAAGCAGUAAAGGUUAUGUAUAAACAGCAAUUGUGGAACAAAGUGAUAACAUUGGUACAGUUUCCAUAGCAGCCAAUGGCAUGCUUUAGCCAACUGCUCCACAACUCUCUGCACCCAAAUUCAUCCUUAAAGAUAGCCACAGUGUGUGACGUUGACACAUUCUGCAGAAUAAAAAAAAAAUCCCUUGAAAAAAAAAUUGGCAUAAAUACCUUUGAAUUUGACCCAAGGAUUCUGUAAUGCUUUAUUAAAGCCUGGUUGCACUUACACACA